AUGAAAAUGAACAAAUUACUGACCAAAAAUAUUUUUCAACUGUUCACAACAUCCAAAAGACAUUAUCAAGUCACUGUGGCUGGCGGGGCGAGCGAUGUCGGACAAACACUGUGCUUGCUGCUACGGUCAGAGCCCGCGAUCACAAAACUCGUAGUGCAUGAUACAAGGGCUCAUACACCAGGAGUAGUGUUGGAUCUGACACACAUACCUAGCGAGGUUGAAGUACAAGGGUACACAGGAGACGAUACUCUGGAGUUAGCUCUGAAAAAUGCUCACAUCGUAAUCGGGGCCGGUGGAAUCAUACGAAAGCCGGGUAUUCCUGAAAAAUUGUGGCUGUCAAAUAACACGGCUUUCAUCAAAACAUUAUCGAUACAAGUCGCCAAAAUGAAUCCUAUACCAUUUUUUGGUAUAGUUACGGAGCCUAUAAAUUGCCUCGUACCGGUAGCGACAGAAGUAUUGCGGAAUCACGGACAGUAUGAUCCAAAGAAACUUUUCGGCGUUACUGGUUUAGACGCUUUGCGUGCUCAAACCUUGUUUGCUGAUGAGAACAACAUAAGCCCCCGCAACUGUAUAGUACCAGUGAUCGGCGGGCAUUCUCCAAAAACUCUUAUUCCUCUGCUCUCUCAAAGCCAUCCAGCUGCAGAUAUAGACGCUCAAAUUUCACAAGAUUUUACUAUAAAGUACCGUAAAUUGGAUGAGAAAAUAAUGAAUGCUAAAAGGGGAUGUUCACCUGUUCUCUCUGUUGCAUACAGCGCUUUGCUUUUUACUCGCAGUGUGCUAAACGCUCUAGAUGGUCGGCGAGCUAGAGUGCAUGCGUUCAUAGAGAAUAACGACUUUGGCACGGCUUACUUCGGAGGACUUGUAGAUAUCAACAACGAAGGAGUCAAAGACAUGCAAAGGUAUUCAAGUCUCACACCAUAUGAAUGUCAGUUGUUAGAGCAAAGCGUCAAUGAGUUGCGCAAAGAUGUGUUGAAAGGAAAGAAAGUUUUAGAAUUAGCCUAA